AGAAGGACCCAACCGGAAGCAGAAGUGACGACUGAGAAUUAAGAUGGCGGCCGGCUGAAGUCGCACACUUUCUUGCUGUAUUCGCAGCCAAAGCCGAACUGGAGUUCGGCGGACGGACAUGCGGCGGGGAUGCCUCGCGUGAACCGGACGGCGCUACUGUGGCUGCUCGUCGCGAGCAGCCUCGUCUUUCUACUCUUUCAACUCCGCCAUUACCGGACCUACGUCAGCGAGGCUGGCCCGCGCAUCCUGAGACGUACGCCGGGUCACAUGACCGCCAGCGACCUGCAGUGGCAAAGCGUGAAGACCUUCCUGCGUCUGUCCCGGCGUUUCCGCCUGCCGCUGUUUCUGGCCGACCCGGCCUCGCUCGGGCUGCUGGCGCGGGGCGCCUCGCCGGAUCGCGAGGCUCACUGCGGCUUCUUGUGCGGCGGGCCGGGGGCGGCGUCCUUUGGCCUGCUGGCCAACGCGUGGACCUACAACGCCGCCUUCCUGUCGGCCGCCCAGGAGAAAGGCUUUGAGCUGCUGGAGGUGCGAGGCCCAGACCCCCGAUUGGCCAGCUUGGACUUCUUGUCAGGCGAGGACAUUCCCCUGCAUCUCCUGCUCCGCCGGCAUGGCUCCAUCAUCCAGGUGCUCUUUCUGUACGAGCGCAGCGGCAAGUAUUUGUGGCAUGGGCCGCUGCGCCUCCAUGCCAACGCGGACCGUGGCUUUGCGCCCUUCUCGCAGAUGGCCUUUGGACGCCACGCCGGGGCCUAUGACAGGCCGCAGCUGGUACUGACGGCGGUGGACGGUCUGGACAUCGCCGUCCCUCGCAACAUCUCCGGCUUCCUGGCUCAGCAUCGUCGCGCUCGCUUCCUGGAGUGCCCGUACCGGGAUGCGCGACGCUUCCUGCGGCUCUACCCCGACGACCCGUCUCCCGAGGCGCUGGAUUUUCGUAGCAAAGCCAAGUCUCUGCUCGGAGUGGCGGCCAAAACCCUUGGGCGGCUGCGCAUCCCCUUCUGGAUCAGCAGCGGAACCUGCUUAGGCUGGUUCAGGCAGUGCGGCUUCAUCACGUACAGCCGCGACGUGGACAUCGGGAUUUUCAUCAGCGACUUCCGCCCUGACAUGGUCGCUGCCUUCCUGGAUGCCGGACUGUCACUCAAGCACAAGUUUGGCAAGGUGCCCCUUUUUUCACUUGAUGACUUGUUUGGAAAUGUCUCCGGUGCGCACGUGGGCGUUUCUUUUGGCGGCCAGGUGGAGGACAGCCUGGAAUUGUCCUUUGUGAAGGACGGCGUGAAGCUGGACAUCUUCUUCUUCUACCAGGACGGUGACCUGAUCUGGAACGGCGGCACGCAGGCCAAGAGCGGCAGAAAGUUCAAGUAUGUGUUCCCUCGCUUCUCGCUGUGCUGGGCCGAGCUGGCGGAGGUCCGAGUGGGAGUUCCUUGCGAGACGUUGGACUACGUGAUGGCCAAUUACGGCCCGGCGUGGCGCGUCCCGCAGAGGAUGUGGGACUGGAAGUCGUCACCCAGCAACGUCCAAGAAAAUGGGCUGUGGCCUCUGGCCCAGUGGGAGGAGCUCAUUCAAGUGUAUUGACACUGGAAAUAAAUUGAAAACACAUACUUUUCGCCCCCCCAUCAUUUUGAAUAAAAUCUGUCCGUUUUCAAAUGAAA